ACCCUCUCGCGGCCUCUCUCCCCCCUCUCCGUGCCGACAGCCGGGAGCAGCCCCUUGGACAGCCCACGCAACUUCUCCGCCAGCACCUCCAUCAACUUCCCCUUCACCCGCAGGCAUGCUCCUCGGACUGACAGGGCUGAUGGCAGAAGGUGGUCACUGGCUUCGCUACCCUCCUCUGGCUAUGGGACCAACACCCCCAGCUCCACUGUCUCGUCGUCUUCGUCCUCCCAGGAGCGCCUGCACCAGCUGCCUUCCCAGCCCACUCCCGACGAGCUGCACUUCCUUUCUAAGCAUUUCCGCAGUACGGAGAGCGUCACGGACGAGGAAGGCCGGCACUCGCCCUGCCUGCGCCCACGAUCCAGGAGCCUCAGCCCUGGACGGACGAGUGGAACGUUUGAUAACGAGGUUGUGAUGAUGAACCAUGUCUACAAGGAGCGGUUCCCCAAGGUAACUGCCAGGACUGGGGAGGAGCGUCUGCAGGACACCAUCACAAACUUCUCUCCCAGCAGCACUCUGCCUCUGGCAGAUGGGGUGCUGGGCUUCAUCCACCACCAAAUCAUCGAGCUGGCGCGUGACUGCUUGGCAAAGUCCCAGGGCGCUCUUAUCACCUCCCGCUACUUCAUGGAGCUGCAGGAAAAACUUGAGAAGAUGCUCCGAGAUGCUCAGGAGCGUUCGGAGAGCGAGGAGGUGAAGUUCAUCGACCAGCUGGUGAGGAAGCUGCUGAUCAUCAUCUCCCGUCCUGCUCGCCUUCUGGAGUGUCUGGAGUUUGACCCGGAGGAGUUUUACCAUCUUCUGGAAGCUGCAGAGGGACAUGCCAAAGUUGGCCAGGGAGUAAAGACCGAUAUUCCCCGAUACAUCAUCAGCCAACUGGGGCUCGUCAAGGACCCACUGGAGGAAAUGGUCCAGCUGGAUCACUUCGACAGCGGGAACACCAUCACGCCGGAGAACGAUGACACCUGUGAGCCUUCGGUCACCGCUCCUCGGAGGAAGCCCUGCGAGGGGGACUUUGAGACCAUCAAGCUGAUCAGUAAUGGGGCUUACGGGGCCGUGUACCUGGUGAGGCACAGGGAGACGCGGCAGCGCUUUGCCUUGAAGAAAAUCAACAAGCAGAACCUCAUCCUGAGGAACCAGAUCCAGCAGGUGUUUGUGGAGAGGGACAUCCUCACCUUUGCGGAGAACCCCUUUGUGGUCAGCAUGUUCUGCUCCUUCGAGACAAAGCGACACCUCUGCAUGGUGAUGGAGUACGUGGAAGGGGGGGAUUGUGCCACGUUGCUGAAGAACAUGGGCCCGCUGCCUGUCGACAUGGCGAAGAUGUACUUUGCCGAGACCGUUCUCGCACUGGAGUAUCUCCACAACUACGGCAUCGUCCACCGGGACCUCAAACCCGACAAUUUGCUCAUCACCUCCAUGGGCCACAUAAAGCUGACAGACUUUGGGCUGUCAAAGAUUGGCUUGAUGAACAUGACAACGAACCUCUACGAAGGACAUAUGGAGAAGGACACUCGGGAGUUCAUGGACAAGCAGGUGUGUGGCACUCCGGAGUACAUCGCCCCAGAAGUCAUCCUCAUACAGGGCUACGGGAAGCCCGUCGACUGGUGGGCCAUGGGCAUCAUCCUCUACGAGUUCCUGGUGGGCUGCGUCCCCUUCUUCGGAGACACCCCCGAGGAGCUCUUUGGACAGGUCAUCAGUGAUGAAAUUAUGUGGCCGGAAGGGGACGAGGCUCUUCCCGCAGACGCCCAGGACCUGAUCACGCGGUUGCUCAGACAGUGUCCCCUCGAGCGCUUGGGCACCGGCGGUGCGCACGAGGUGAAGCACCAUUCCUUCUUCCUCCACCUGGACUGGAACGGGCUGCUGCGGCAGAAGGCCGAGUUCAUCCCCCAGCUGGAGUCAGAAGAUGACACCAGCUACUUCGACACUCGCUCCGAGAGGUACCGCCACUUGGAUUCGGAGGAUGAGGAGACCAACGACGAGGAAUCAUCCGUGGAGAUCGGGCAGUUCUCCUCCUGCUCCCAUCGCUUCAGCAAGGUGUACAGCAGCUCCGAAUUCCUGGCAGCUCACUCCAACCUCAGCCUGUCAUCCUCCGACCGGAGUCACAGCGAGGACAAAGAGGAGCGAUGGGACCGGCACUCGGGAGACGAGGACAGGAGCCGGGUGGCAGGCGCAGAGCCCCGCGGGCAGGAGGGGAGCCACAGCCCUGCCGCGCUGCCCAGCACCUACAGCCUGGACACCAUGCCCAAGUUUGCCUUCUCCUCGGAGGAUGAAAGCCCUUGCGUUGCGUCCUCCAAGCCGGAGAGACCCAAGUUUGUGCUGGGAGACCCCGAGGCAGGGACCGGUGGCGUGGUGAAGCCGUCGGCGUUCCAGAAGGACGUGGCGGACAGGCAGAGAGCCUCGCCGGGCGGCCGCGUCCCCAAAUCCGCCUCCGUCUCAGCCCUGUCCCUCAUCAUCACGUCGGAUGACUUCAGUGGCAGCGCCCUGAUGAGCCCCAUCUCCCCCCACUCCCUCUCAUCCAACCCCUCUUCCCGCGACUCCUCCCCAAGCCGAGACUCGUCCCUCGCCAUCGCCAGCCUGCGGCCCCCCAUCAUCAUCCACAGCUCGGGCAAGAAGUAUGGCUUCACCCUGCGAGCCAUCCGCGUCUACAUGGGCGACAGCGACGUCUAUACCGUCCACCAUAUGGUCUGGAGCGUGGAAGAGGGGAGCCCUGCGCAGGAAGCGGGGCUGAGAGCGGGCGAUCUCAUCACACAUGUGAACGGCGAAUCGGUGCUGGGUUUAGUUCACCGGGACGUCGUGGAGCUGCUGCUGAAGAGUGGCAAUAAAGUGGCUCUGCGGACCACCGCCCUGGAGAACACCUCCAUUAAAAUUGGUCCCGCUCGGAAAAACAGCUCCAAGACGAGGAUGGCACGGAGGAGUAAGAAGAGCAGGAAAAGGGACGGCCAGGACAGGUCGCCUGGUGUUGAUCCUGGAGCUCCGGAGAAGCUCAAUCCGGAUCAGGCUCCAUCCUGUACCCCACUUGCCGGAGCCUGGCUGCAAGUGUCCUGCCUCCCCGAGGGCAGCGCCCGCUCUUUCAUGGCAGAGGCAGCGCAGCCGGGACGCUCGCCCGAGCUCAGGCAGCUGGCGUGGACACCGGGUUUCGUGUGCCACGGCCUCUCUGUGCCCUGCUUCUUCGUCGAGGGAACGACCCUGCAGCGUGGUGCUGGGCUGCAGAGAGGUGAAGCUGGCUCCUCUCAAGGGACUCAGACCAAAAUCACGCUUUCUGGUGCUGGGACGGGAGACGUCGCGUGCCACGCCGUUCUGGGCUGGAAGCGUGCCGUGCUUUUGCCCUCCGGACUCCAAGAAACCUUCUUUUUUGGUGAAGCGGACCCCGAUCUGCUGUUUCUUUGCUGCAUGCCCGCUCACGAGUGCUGGAUUAUGUUUGUCUCCUUCUCCCUUUGCUCCAUAAUUUGGCUGAAUCGUGGCUUCAAGCUAAGGAAAAGGGGCUGCACCUAA